AUGGCGCUCGACCAGUACAACUAUAUCUUUGCCAUUGGCACCUUCUUUGCUAUGCUCGAUGCAUACAACAACGGUGCAAACGAUGUCGCAAACGCUUGGGCGACCAGCGUGUCGUCAAGAUCAAUCACCUACAGACAAGCGAUGAUCUUCGGUACUAUCUUCGAAAUGCUCGGUGCGAUCACCGUCGGUGCCCGCACCGCCGAGACCAUCAAGAACGGCAUCAUCCCCAAUAGCGUCUUUAACAACAACCCCGGUGUUCAGAUGCUUGCUUUCACCUGCGCUUUGGCUGCUGCCUCUUCCUGGGUUAUGUGGUGCACACGUCACUCCGCCCACGUCUCUUCUACCUACUCUCUCGUUUCUGCCGUCGCCGGUGUAGGUGUUGCGGUUGCCGGCGCCGACAAGGUCCAAUGGGGCUGGAACAACGGCAAGGGUCUCGGUGCCAUUUUUGCUGGUCUGGCAAUGGCCCCUGCCAUCUCUGGCUGCUUCGGUGCCAUCAUCUUCAGCCUUAUCAAAUUCACCGUCCACAUCCGCAAAAACCCCGUUCCUUGGGCUGUCUGGACCUCGCCUUUCUUCUUCCUUAUCGCCGGUACCAUCUGCUCCCUGUCCAUUGUUUACAAGGGCUCCCCCAACCUGGGCCUGGGUAAGAAGCCUGCUUGGUAUAUCGCAUCUGUCACUGUCGGCACUGGCGCUGGUCUCUGCCUCCUGUCCGCUCUCUUCUUCGUUCCCUUUGUCCAUGCCAAGGUCAUCAAGAAGGACUACACUCUCAAGUGGUGGCAUUUUGUCUACGGCCCUCUUCUCUUCAAACGCCCCGCUCCAUCCGAUGCGGAGAAGGCUAAGGUUCCCAACUACGCUGUUGUUCAGGAGGAUGAGGAUCAGCAAACCCUUCCCUCGCACGAGUCCGUCAAGUCCUCCGAGUCCAACGACGAGCCCCUCAAGGAGCCUCACAGCCCCAAGGAGACGCACAUUCCCCAUGAAAAGUCGUUGGCCGCCGCUGAGAUUGGCCAGGGUCCUAGCUACAAGCAGCUUCAGGCUGAGGGGGAGGUCAAGCUGCACGCCAAGCUCCUCGAGAAGCGCGGUCCCCUCGGCUGGGCUAUGCGCACUCUUCGCGACAACCCCUUCGGCGCUGGUCAGAUCUAUGAGCUCCACAACAUCAAGAUUGCACUUAAGCGUAUUCCCGCAAUGAUUACUGUCGGUGCUCUCUACGGUCUCCACUACGACAUCCACGCUGCUCAGACUGGUGUUGCUGGUACUCCUGAGGGCGAGCGCAUGAAGCGCGUCUACGCCAACGCCCACAAGUACCCCAACGAGGUGGAGCACACCUACUCCUUUGUCCAGAUCAUCACUGCCUGCACUGCGUCUUUCGCUCACGGCGCCAACGAUAUCGGUAACUCGGUCGGACCUUGGGCAGUUAUCUACUCUGCCUGGAGUACCGGUGAUGCUGCCGCCGCCAAAGCUCCCGUUCCCGUUUGGCAACUCGCUGUCCUUUCUGCUACCAUUUCUCUGGGUCUGAUCACAUACGGCUACAACAUCAUGAAGGUCAUGGGUAACAAGAUUACUUACCACUCUCCUAGCCGUGGGUCCUCCAUGGAGAUGGGUGCCGCCAUCACCGUUCUUGUCUUCUCACAGUAUUCUCUGCCGGUCUCUACCUCCAUGUGCAUCACCGGUGCUACUGUUGGUGUUGGCCUGUGCAACGGCACCCUCAAGGCCGUCAACUUCCAGCGUGUGGGUCUCUUGGUUUUCUCUUGGAUCAUGACCAUUCCCGUCGCGGGAACCCUUGGCGGUGUUCUCAUGGGUCUCUUCCUUAACGCUCCUCACUUCUAA